AAUGCAAACUAGAAGUGCUACUAAAGUGCUACAAAAAGUGCUAAAAAAAUCAAAGAAAAAUAUUAAAAAAGAAAUUUUGGAAACUUCACAACAACAACAACAGUUGCCACCCAAAAGAUCAAAAGUAGAAGAAUUAACUGAAAAUAUUCCAAAUCCUCAACAAGUAACGUCUAAAAGAAUUAAAUUAAAUAAUUGUGAAAGUGAGGAUGAUGGUGAAAAUAUACCACAAACUAUUACUAGAGAAUUUACUCGACAAACCAAUUUUUAUAAAAUUGAAUACAAAUUGUUAAAAACUGUCAAAGAUGAUGAAGAACUCGAAGAACUUAGAUUUGAGUUACAUUGCAGCAGACAAAAUUUAAGAAGAUAUAAAAACUUCAAAACAAUUACACUUAAUUGCACUUUAAGAUUUACUCGAGAAAGAUGCCCAUAUGGAUUGUUUGCUGUUAGAAAAUCUUUUGGAAUUCUUGUUUAUGAGCAUGGCAAUCACAAUCACGAAUUUAGAGAAAUUGAUAUACGUAAUACAAGAGCUUUGAACGCUUUAAAAUUAAACGAUACAAAACCUCCAGAAUUGUUUAAAAAUCCAGCAGCAAGCGUAAAAGAUUGGCAUUAUUUAUGUACUGUUAAUGAUGUUGCUGAAUUGGAUAAAAUUAGAAUACAAAAUAAAUGUCAAAGUUUUAUUGGUUAUCAAUUGGAUUCGAAUAGAAAGUCAAUUAUGCUUAAAUGCAAAAUGGCUAGAUAUAAAUUAAUUCGUUGUCAAUUCAAAAUAAUGGCCAAACGUGUAAAAGAUGAGGAUAAUUUUCAUGUUUAUUCUCAAGGAGAGCAUAUCUGUCCACAAGAUUAUUCUACCGAUAAAAUUCAAAAACGGUUAAUUAGAGCACUUAAAUUUGGACAACAUAAUCGAGUACAUAAAUGGAUGAAAAGAACUGGCGCUGAACGUAUUAAAAAUAUUGUAAAUGAAUUAGAUGCAAGUCAUGUUAGAUUAAUGAUUGUUUUGGCUAAUCGAGAAAUGUUAUCAGGGAGAAAAGAUAAGAAGAAAAAAUAUUUUUUGGGGAAAAAAAAAUUUUUUUUUGGGAAAGUCUCUCUCUUCUUUAAGGAAAAAUGA